AUGGUGAGGAUAGUACGCUCUUUGAACGCCGACCGGAUGGUUUCCUGGACAAUUGCGUCGGUUUGCUGCCGUUGUCCGGCAGACAGGUUCGAUCCUCCUUCAGAUAUUCUGAUCAACAACGGGUUCUCCUUGAUCUCCUCCUUGUCGCCGGCAUCGUCGUACAUCUUGAGAAUGUGUUCCUUCAAAUGGGCCAGCUCAAGGGCCUCCCACAGCUCCUCGUCCGUGUACAUCUCUGUCGGGUCGAUGUUGGACCGCAACGAGCCUUCAAAGAUCUGCGAGUCCUGCGGAAUAAUCGACAGUUUCGACCGCAAAUCGUACAAUCCAAUGUUGCUCGUGUUCACCUCGUCGAUGUCGAUGUGGCCGUUGGCGGCCUCAAUGAUCCGGAAAAUCGCCAACGUCAACGACGACUUACCGGCACCGGUUCUGCCCACAAUUCCGAUCUUCUCCUUCUCGUUCACAGAGAUGUUGAUAUUCUUCAACACAAGGUCCAGUUCGGGUCUGUAUCUGGCACUGUAUUCCUUGAACUCGAUGGUACCCCGGAACGGCCAGUUCUGGGCCGGCCUGCUGUUCUCGAUAAUCGGUGGAGCUUCAGGCUCCAACGAAGCGUACUCCAAAACUCUCUCCACGGAAACAAUGUUGGUUUCAAUCUCAACAGUCAUUCUAACAAUCCAGUUCAACGACUGGGUCACUUGCAAAGCAUAG